AUGCUUCUCAGGCUCCCGGCAGAGCUACAGCGCAUGGUGGUCGAAGAGCUCCGACUGCCUCGCCUGCCUGUUGGAACCCCGCGGUCCCUAAACCCGGACUUCAUCGACGCCCGCUCGGCACUCGUCAGGCUGUGCCUCACAUCGCGCCGCUUCUUUGGGCUGGCCGAGCCCUUGCUAUAUGAGAGCAUCGCUCUUACUCAUGACAAGCAGUUUGUGCAUCUUUUGCACGCCCUGCUGGUCAAACGGGACAGGAGAUCAUGGAUACGCUCUAUGGCUUGCCCCAUGAGCAUCAUGUCUGAGACGGAUCAUUUGCAGGCUCUGCCUAUAUGGAAUCGACUGAUUGCGCCGUGCAAGGAAACGGGCCUGGACCCACGGGAAAAGUCAGCACUGCUUUUCUGUGGAUUGGAAGUUGGCCGCGUCCUACGAGAGGACCGAUGGGACGAUGGCGAAUUUCUAUGGGAUGGUCCGUUCCAAUUUUUCGAUGAGUUGCUGGCUGUUAUCUUAUGCUUGACGACGCAUUUGGAGGACCUUCUCUUGCAGAUACCGACCGACCAAGAGCCUCACCUGGACGACCAUCUCCUACACCUCGCAAACGCUCUCAGCUUAGGUCGGAGUAUACAUCCAUCCGGUGUGCUCAAAUCGCUAAGGAGUGUUCGGGCCCAGCCAACGCGUCUCGUGGAAUGCAAGUCUCACAAGUCAGGAUACAGGGAGAUAAGGCCACGCAACGUCGUGCCCGGGCGUUACGACCCAGCUUUUGGGAUAGAUCCUUUAUGCCUGCGUGCUUUUGAGAUGGACACCGUCGAGGCAGUAGAAUGUUGCGGCGACAACGGCAUCUGGUUCAAACUCCUCAAGCCCGAUCAUGGCCCGUGGACAGAUGAGGAACUACCCCUGGACUUGAAGGGAUUCCGCUCCCUCAAGAGCCUGAAGCUCUACGAGAGCAGGACAACCCCUUCGUACUUGCGACAUCUUCUGGAGCAGGCCCACAGCCUUGAGGUAUUUCAUUACACUACGAGGCAACAAGAAUGGAGGCAGGACUAUUCGGAACCCCGAUAUACCGAGUAUGCCUUUAUGCCUCGUGAUUUCUUCUCUAUGAAUGAGGCACUGGAACCAAUCAAGGAUACUGUAAAGGAACUGACCCUGGGGAACGUUCAACGGUCCUGGGACAACGGCGACCAGGAAUAUCGCGACCUCGAGCUGAUCGUGGUUCUGGGCUCGUUCGAGAGACUCACCCAUCUGUCGAUCGACAUCAGAUGGCUCAUUCCCAUCUCGCUGGACAUGGACGAGGAGGUGGCCAUAGUCCCUCUCUGCAAGAGACUGCCUCGGUCUAUCGAAGUGAUCAGACUCACUGAGACGUGGACAAGAAGGGACCUUCGAGCGCUAUCUAGCAGUUCACGACUCGAGAGGCAGGCAAUGGCCUGGGUGCAGGCAGCCCUCUGGACUCUUUUGGUCGUCGACGACGAAUCUGGAGGGAAGGAGAUGAAGCUUUGUCACCUGAGAAAGGUGACUCUCGCAGCAGUGCCGACCUUCCAUUCGUUUGGGGCACGGGGAAUAGAGUCAGAUGAUGAAGACGAUGAUGGGGAUUUCGACUGCGCACCUCUCAAGACCGACCAGGGAAUAGAAGAGAUGAAGAGCGCAUUUUCAAUACACGGUGUCGAAUUCAAUGUUGAGUGGAUUUGUGAUCAUCUAUUCUUCUCGCCGUCUGCUGGGGAUUCUGAGGAUGAUGACGAAUCAUACGAGUACGAAUAUGACCUUUACAGCGUUUGA